GGUGGCCGGGGCAGCGCAGGUAGCGUCCGGGUGUCCGCAGGCAUCCUUCCUCCCCUCCGUGCACCCGCCCCCAGCACCGCGAGCCUGACCCCGGCGGCCGCGCCUCCGCCCCGGGAUACCUCUGCACCUGGGGCGUGCCCGCCGCCGCCGCCCGGGGGAUGGCACAGCCGGCGGAGGAGGGGGCGUGUGCCGGCGCCGCCGCGGCGCCGGGAGACGACGGCGAGGAGAUGAACGGCAGGAAGGUGGCUCUGAUCACCGGCAUCACCGGGCAGGAUGGAUCGUACUUGGCUGAGUUCCUGUUGGAAAAAGGCUACGAGGUGCAUGGCAUCGUUCGUCGGUCUAGUUCUUUUAAUACAGGCCGGAUUGAACAUCUCUAUAAGAACCCACAGGCUCACAUUGAAGGAAACAUGAAGCUGCACUACGGGGAUCUCACUGACAGCACCUGCCUGGUGAAGAUCAUUAAUGAAGUCAAACCCUCUGAAAUAUACAACCUGGGAGCUCAGAGCCAUGUCAAGAUUUCUUUCGACCUAGCAGAAUAUACUGCUGACGUUGAUGGAGUUGGCACUUUGCGACUCCUAGAUGCUAUUAAGACCUGUGGCCUUAUCAACUCUGUGAAGUUCUACCAAGCCUCCACCAGUGAACUUUUUGGAAAAGUGCAAGAAAUCCCGCAAAAGGAGACCACCCCUUUUUACCCAAGAUCGCCUUACGGGGCAGCAAAACUGUAUGCCUACUGGAUUGUGGUGAACUUCAGAGAAGCCUACAAUCUCUUUGCUGUGAACGGGAUCCUCUUCAAUCAUGAAAGCCCCAGGAGAGGGGCUAACUUUGUCACUCGAAAAAUUAGCCGAUCGGUAGCAAAGAUUCACCUCGGACAGCUGGACUGUUUCAGCCUGGGCAAUCUGGAUGCUAAGAGAGACUGGGGUCAUGCCAGGGACUAUGUUGAGGCCAUGUGGCUGAUGUUGCAAACGGAUGAGCCUGAGGACUUUGUCAUAGCUACUGGGGAGGUCCACAGUGUCCGUGAAUUUGUGGAGAAGUCAUUUAAGCACAUUGGGAAAACCAUCAUGUGGGAAGGGAAGAAUGAAAAUGAAGUGGGACGAUGCAAAGAGACUGGCAAGAUUCAUGUGACAGUCAAUCACAAGUACUACAGGCCAACUGAAGUGGAUUUUCUGCAAGGGGACUGUACCAAAGCUAGGCAAAAGCUGAACUGGAAGCCAAGAGUCACGUUUGAUGAGCUGGUCAGGGAGAUGGUAGACGCUGACGUGGAGCUCAUGAGGAACAAUCCCAAUGCCUGAUCCCUGGCUGGGCUGGGCAGGCAUCAGAGGAGCCAUGCCAGGGAUACAACCCAUGGCCAGCACUGCCAUAAGCCACCGGGGUUGGUACCUGCCCCUCCCUGUGACGGUUUUAUUGUUGGCCUGCCUGUGUGUGCAAACCCAGUUUUAUCCCUCCCUCCACAUCCUCCCAGUGCCUGUUGCUCCACAGAUCAUCCCAAGGUCAGCCCUGCCUGGACUAACUCUGUAUCCUGCCAUUAAUUAGAGAAGGGUCAUACUGAACCUGAAAUAUUGAUCAGGCAACAAGCCCACUGAUUUAAUUUUUUUAAUUAAGACUCAUCUUUCUAUUACCUAGGACCUCCAGCAUGUUUUUAGUACUUUCUCCCAUUUGAGAAACAAAGCAUCCCCUGCCCUCCACCCCACAAUCUCCUUCUCCUCCAACAACAACAUCAGCAAACCUCUGGCGCUAACAUGGGCUCACCAUCCCUCCUUGCUCCACGGUUUCCCCUCUUUGGCCUUUCCUGAACAAUCGUUGGUUUUCUUUUCUGCAGCCUUACCUCCACCCCAGCGGCCCAUUUCCACCACUUGAACUCUGCUAAAGUUUGGAUAACUUGAUAUAACUUGCAGUGAAAUCGCCUUUUGACCAUGCCGAAUUAAUUCCUAAUUGCUGGAAUUGCUUUCAAACCAGUCAAGCCGGGGCUUGAAUGUGUUUUUCAGAUCUUCAUUUCAGAGUGUGCAUGAGUCACAGAAAGCCUUUUUCUCCCGCACCACCUCAAUCCGGGGGGUUUAGGGUGUUUUGGUUUCUGACCCCCUCUCCCCAGAAUUAACCCAUUCCCCUUCCACCCUUUUCCUGCUUACUAUAAUUAAACCUCAGACGGGAACUUGAACCAUCUCAAAAGAUGACUAAAGAAAUAAAAACUAAAUAAAUAAAAAAGCUUUAAAAAAA